CGGGUGAAAGCGCGGACGUCGACGGCGUUUGCGGAGAGCAGCUGGCAGAGCUUUCCUUCAGCAUGUGGCUGGCCGCCAUCUUGUUCCUGUGCAUCCUGGCGCUGCUCAUAUACCUGGACACCAGGAAGCCAAAAAACUUCCCGCCAGGGCCCGCCUGGCUGCCGAUAGUGGGCAGCGCGCUCACCCUGCACCUGCUGCGCCGCAGCACGGGCUACCUCUACAAGGCGACGGCCGAGCUGGCGCGCCAGUACGGCCCCGUGGUCGGCCUCAAGGUCGGCAAGGACCGCAUCGUCGUGCUGCACUCGCACCAGGCCAUCCGCGACAUGAUGUCGCGCGAGGAGUUCGACGGCCGCCCCACGGGGCUCUUCUACGAGACCCGCACCUGGGGCGUGCGGCGAGGCGUGCUGCUGACAGACGAGGAGUUCUGGCAGGAGCAGCGGCGCUUCGUGCUGCGCCACCUGCGCGAGUUCGGCUUCGGCCGGCGCACCAUGGCGCAGAUGGUGGAGGAGGAGGCGGCGCACAUGGUGGCGGCCCUGCGCGCGCGCGCCGGCUCCGUGCUGCCCAUGCACGACGCGUUCGGCGUCUACGUGCUCAACACGCUGUGGUCCAUGAUGGCGGGCGUGCGCUACAGCGCCGACGACACCGAGCUCAAGAAGCUGCAGGGACUGCUGUCCGAGCUGUUCGCCAACAUCGACAUGGUGGGCAGCCUGUUCAGCCAGUUCCCGCUGCUGCGCUUCCUGGCGCCCGAGCUGUCUGGCUACAAGCAGUUCCUCUUCAUUCACCACAAGCUCUGGAAGUUCCUCAAGGCUGAGCUGGACAGACACAAGAAGACGUUCACUCCGGAUUACAGCAGGGACUUCAUGGACGUGUACCUGCACAUGCUGGCUUCCGAACACAGGAAACCCAGCUUCUCAGAGCUGCAGCUGCUGGCCAUCUGCCUGGACAUGUUCAUCGCCGGCUCGGAGACGACGGCCAAGUCGCUGGGCUUCGGCCUGCUGUACAUGCUGCUGUACCCGGAGGUGCAGAGGAAGGUCCAGGCCGAGGUGGACUCCGUGGUGGGCCGCGACAGACUGCCCACGCUCGCCGACAGACCCAACAUGCCAUACACGGAAGCACUUGUUCUGGAGUGUUUGAGGAUGUUCAUUGGACGAAGCUUCGCAAUACCUCACAGAGCGCUCAAAGAUACCGAACUGCAAGGUUAUUUCAUCCCAAAGGGCACGAUGGUGGUGACCAACCUGAACGGCGCCCACAUGAGCUCGCAGCUGUGGGACGAGCCGCAGCACUUCCGGCCGGAGCGCUUCCUGGACGAGCAGGGCCGCGUCACCGUGCCCGACUACUACACGCCGUUCGGCAUCGGCAGGCGCCGCUGCAUGGGCGACGCCAUGGCCAAGGCCAACAUGUUCGUGUUCCUGGCGUCGCUGCUGCAGAACUUCACGUUCGCGGUGCCGCCGGGCCAGGCGCCGCCGUGCUCCGAGGGUCUGGACGGCGCCACGCCCGCGCCCAAGCCCUUCGAGGCUCUCGUGCUGCCGCGCAGCUGACUCCCGCUCGCUCUCUUCGCACGCCUGUUCUUAUUUUAAUAAACCAUUCAAAACCA